AUGGCAAUUUCGUGGAAGUCCUUCGACUUCUUCGAAGUCUCACAAGUCUCCCUCCCCGAUGACGACACCCGUAGCCUGUUCGACGCCAACGAAAUAUCCAGCAUCUGCUCCGGAUCCGACAGUCUCUUUCUCGGCGGCAGCGAUGGAUCCGUCAGCAUCAUCGGCAAGAGCUGGAAAGUAGUUAGGACAUUCCAGGCCCACGAUGCCGGACGAGUCACACACAUGCGCCAAGUCGAGGGGACGAGCUUACUCGUCACUGUCGCCGAGGACCUGAGCAGUGAACCCGUUCUCAAAGCCUGGGCGCUGGACAAGCUCGUCAAAAAGACCAACAUGCCAACCUGUCUGAGCACCCUGAUCAUAAAUAACGGCCGACGACAGUUUCCGAUUUCUGCUUUUGCCGCCUCCGACGACCUGUCCCAGAUUGCUGUCGGCUUUGGUAACGGUGCCGUGACGGUAAUUCGGGGCGAUCUUAUCCAUGACCUUGGCACGAAGCAGCGCAUAGUAUUUGAGUCUGAGGAACCAGUCACCGGUGUGCAGCUUGCGACAGAUGAGAAGCUUACGACGUUGUUCAUCUCCACGACUACGAGAAUAGUCAAGCUAGGGUUGUCUAGGAAGGGUCAGGGCUUUCCCCCCAAGACUGUGGAGGAUAGCGGCUGUGCGUGGGGAUGCAUGACGUUGAAUAAAGAGACGGGCGAUGUGGUGGUGGCGAGGGAUGAUGCCAUCUACACAUAUUCGUUGGAUGGUCGAGGACCGCCAAAGGCAUAUGAAGCCCCCAAGACCUUGAUUGCCAUGUAUGAGAAUUAUGUGGCGCUCAAGUGUUUGCCGACGGGGCCCAAUGGACGGGAUCCGGAUAGUAUGCGACGGCGAUUCGGGGGCGGCGGUAACGACGACUUGUUCAAUGCCACAAUGUUUGUUCUGCUGGAACCGGAUCUGCGAGUCAUUGCGCACUCUGAAACGAUCAUGUCCCCUGUGAGGUACAUCUUUGAUGUUUGGGGAGACUUGUAUACUAUGACGGAGGAGGGGAAGAUUUAUCGGUAUCAUGAAAAGCCGUUGCAGCAGCGAUUGGAGAUGUUGUACCAACGCAACAUGUUCCCUCUUGCUAUUGAGCUGGCACAAGGCUCCGGAAUGGACAGUCAGCAGCAGAGCAUUAUUCAUCGCAAGUUUGGUGAUCAUUUAUAUCAGAAGGCUGAUUACGACGGAGCCAUGAUGCAGUAUAUUCGGGCCAUUGAUACGACGGAGCCAUCGCAGGUUAUUCGCAAAGACAUUGCCAAGCUAGAAAAGUUUAUCAAGUCACCGGGAGACUUGAAAUUCGACCUGGACACGGCCAUUGCCAUGUGCCGACAGGGGGGAUACUAUGAGCAGGCUGCCUAUCUCGCCAAACGGCAUGGGGAGACGGAGCUUGUGGCCGAUAUUCUGAUUGAGGAUUCCAAGAGCUACGGUGAAGCGCUGGACUACAUUUGGCGGCAAGAUCCUGAAGUGGCAUAUCCAUGUAUGCAAAAGUAUGCUCGGGUACUCAUCGAAAACUGUCCCAGAGAAGCGACAAAGCUGUUUAUAGAUUACUAUACAGGGAAAUACCGACCAAGAAAGUCGGCGGUUGCCAUUCCUGGCGAAACAUCAUCGACUGGAGGCGUCACAUCAGGUGCAACUAGUGCAGUGCAAAACCUUACCAAUUAUCUACCCUUUCCCUACAUGGGCACAUCCUCGGGACCAACGGCAACACCGGACACGCCUAGUAACACGAAGCAGCCGGCAAGCAAUGGCACCCUCGAACUUGGCGAGGACGACCAUCCUCCACCAAAGUACACAGUACCGGCACCGCGAACUGCAUUUUCUUCAUUCAUCGACCACCCGGAUGAGUUUAUCACGUUUCUCGAAGCAUGUCUCCAGGAGGGAGAUUUGAAGGUCUCGGAUCGAACAGAUUUAUACACCACUUUGUUUGAAAUGUAUCUGUAUAAAGCCGGCGAGAAGAAGGGCCACCAUCGAGAGGAGUGGGAGGCCAAGGCAAAGAAGCUGAUUGAGGGAGAGCACGUACCCAUGGAAAGCUCCAACGUGCUCUUGCUGUCAGACUUGUCCAAUUUCCGUGACGGCACUGUCUUGGUCAAAGAGCAAGCGGGGCUGCUUUUUGACAUUUUCCGAUCGUACACGUCUGCCAAGGACACGCGCGGCGCCAUCAAGGCUCUAAGAAAAUACGGUCCCGAAGAACCGCAAUUAUACCCAGCAGCCCUCGCAUACCUCACAUCCGACCCCAAAGUCCUCGAAGAAGCGGGGCCGGACGAGCUGGCCAACGUGCUCUCCAAAAUUGACAAAGACGGGCUCAUGGCCCCUCUACAAGUGGUCCAAACUCUGGUUGGCCAAUCAUCGGCCGGCGGCGUAGCAACAAUGGGCAUGAUCAAACCCUAUCUUCACGACACGAUUAUGCGCGAGCGCAAAGAAAUCCAAGACAAUCGCAGACAAAUCGACACGUUGCGCGUGGACACGGAAAAGCGGCGAGCAGAAAUUGCAGAUUUGGGUUCGAAACCGGCCGUCUUCCAAGCAACGCGGUGCUCGGACUGUGGACAGGGGCUGGACUUACCGGCUGUCCAUUUUCUGUGCAAACAUAGCUUCCACCAGCGGUGUCUCCGUGGUGGUGAGGGCGACGAGGUGGAGUGUCCGCUGUGCGCCGGGGGGAAUGAUCUCAUUCGCAAGAUGAGGGAGGAGCAGCGGAAGGCGGCAGAGAAGCACGAGCUGUUCAAGAUUGAGCUGGAGGGCAGCGAAGAUCGGUUCGGGACGGUGGCCCGGUGUUCUCCGAGAGUGGGGCCGGCAUCAACCUCACCGCACCUCACCUCACCCGACUUCACCUCAUGCCCCGAACAACGACCGACCGCCCGCCAUGCCAGACGCGCAAAUGACCACCAAGCAGACGGCCGCCCUGUUCGCAAACGCGCUCCGGUCCUUCUCCGCGUCCCGGGACGCCUUCCGCGUGCUGUCCACGGUCCCCCCGCGCACAGAAACACCGCCGCCGCCGCCGGACAGCCUCGUCGUCCUGGACUCGAGCUUCAACCCGCCGACCCGGGCGCACGCGGCCAUGGCCUCCUCGGCGCGCUCGUCCCGGCGCCGCUGGAGGUGCGCCUCGGCAUGAUGGAGGCGCUCGCGCGCGAGCUGGUGCGCGAGCUGGCGCCGCUGCAGGCCGACGUGGCGGUUACUACGAGGCCGUACUUCCACGACAAGGCGGCGGCGAUUGAUGGCACGGGAAGGUACGGCGGCGCGGAGCAGGUGUUUCUGUGCGGGUUCGACACGGUGGUGCGCAUCUUUGAGCCGCGCUACUAUGGGGGUGGUGCGGGGAUGGGGAGUGCGUUGGGGCCGUUUUUCCGGCGGGCGAGGCUGCGCGUGACGAUGAGGCCGGAUGAUGCGUGGGGGACGGCUGAGGAGCAGGCCGCGUAUGUGGGUGGUCUUGAGGGGACUUUGGGCAAGAUUGGUGGUGACGGCGCGUGGGCGAGGAGGAUUGAGUUGGUGGACGGGGUGGGGGGGGCGGUUAGUAGCUCGAGGGUGAGGGAGCUGGUGAGGACUGGGGAGAGGGGAGAGGGGGUCGAGGGCUUGGUUGGGGCCGAGGUCGCGAGGUGGAUUGACGAGGAGGGCUUGUAUAGGGAGUAG